CCGGCUCCUCCGGGGGCUCGGCAUGAGGCUGGCGCGGCUGCUGCGCGGAGCCGCCUCGGCCCGCCCGGGCCCGCGCGCCGGCCGCCCCAGCGCCGGCCGCAGCCUCACCUCCGACUCGGGCUCCGGCCCGGCGCCCGGCCCGGCGCCCGAGCGUGGCGUUCCGGGCCAGGUGGACUUCUACGCGCGCUUCUCGCCGUCCCCGCUCUCCAUGAAGCAGUUCCUGGACUUCGGAUCUGUGAAUGCUUGUGAAAAGACCUCAUUUAUGUUUCUGCGGCAAGAGUUGCCUGUUAGAUUGGCAAAUAUAAUGAAAGAAAUAAGUCUUCUUCCCGAUAAUCUUCUCAGAACGCCAUCAGUUCAGUUGGUACAAAGCUGGUAUAUCCAGAGUCUUCAGGAGCUUCUUGAUUUUAAGGACAAAAGUGCUGAAGAUGCUAAAACUAUUUAUGACUUUACAGAUACCGUGAUACGUAUCAGGAACCGACACAAUGACGUUAUUCCCACCAUGGCUCAGGGUGUGAUUGAAUAUAAGGAGAGCUUCGGGGUGGAUCCUGUCACCAGCCAGAAUGUUCAGUACUUUUUGGAUCGCUUCUUCAUGAGUCGAAUUUCAAUUAGAAUGUUACUCAAUCAGCACUCUUUAUUGUUUGGUGGGAAAGACAAAGGAAGCCCAUCUCAUCGAAAACACAUUGGAAGCAUAAACCCAAACUGCAGUGUAGUUGACGUUAUUCAAGAUGGCUAUGAAAAUGCUAGGCGUCUGUGUGAUUUGUAUUAUAUUAACUCUCCUGAACUAGAGCUUGAAGAACUAAAUGCAAAAUCACCAGGACAGCCAAUACAAGUGGUUUAUGUACCAUCCCAUCUCUAUCACAUGGUGUUUGAACUUUUCAAGAAUGCAAUGAGAGCAACCAUGGAAUACCAUGCUGACAAAGGCGUUUAUCCACCUAUUCAAGUCCAUGUCACACUGGGUAAUGAGGAUUUGACUGUGAAGAUGAGUGACCGAGGAGGUGGUGUUCCUUUGAGGAAAAUCGACAGACUCUUCAACUACAUGUACUCAACUGCACCCCGGCCUCGUGUCGAGACGUCCCGAGCAGUGCCCCUGGCUGGUUUUGGCUAUGGACUGCCCAUCUCCCGUCUUUAUGCACAGUACUUCCAAGGAGACCUGAAGCUGUAUUCCCUUGAGGGCUAUGGGACAGAUGCAGUGAUCUACAUUAAGGCUCUGUCAACAGAAUCCAUAGAAAGACUCCCCGUGUAUAACAAAGCUGCCUGGAAGCAUUACAAAGCCAACCAUGAGGCCGAUGACUGGUGUGUCCCCAGCAGAGAACCAAAAGACAUGACAACGUUCCGCAGUGCCUAGAUACACUUGGGAUCCCUAGGAAAUCCAAAUGUGGCUUUUGUAUUAAAUUUGGGAGGGAUGGUGUUCAGAACUACAUUAUACCAAAUACUUCAUGUCCUUUUCACAGCUAUUUGGGUAGAAUAGGUGGAAACUGAAUUCCAUUUAUGCCUGUUAAAUCUCCUAAAGGAUGAAAUUGUACCUAUUUGACACUUAUAUUUUCACAGUUAAUCAAACAUAUUUUUAAACAAUCAUAGUUUUGGUCAACUUUCCCCUUUACGAUAGACUCCAGAAGAGUGUAAAUCUUGGGGUUUUUACAGGAAGCUGAAUGGUUUUGUAAAAUACAUUUUUCACUUGUGUUUGUAGGAAACAUUUUCUUAAUAAUACUGAUUAGCCAUUAACCAUUGUAGUGUUAUCUGGAGGAGUUCUGCUGUCCUUUAUUUAGUAGUGGAAACUGUAGUAAGGUGGUCUUCAUGCUUUCCAGUGACUAACUACACGUAAAGCAGUUGUCCUGUUAGUGUAGAACCAGCCACCUUCAAGCUUCUACAUGCAUUAUCUUAGCUCUGAAGUUAACUUAUCAUUUUAAAUCUUAUUGCAAAGGAUUAUAAUGACUAGUUCCCUACAGAUCUAAGCCUAGAUCAUGGGCAGCCUACUUUGAAUGUGCUUGUGAUUAGCUCAAGGAGAAAUUUCUAUACUAAAAACAAACUAGCAGCUGCUAACAUAGAGAAGAAAUUGUGGGCAAAGCGGUCAAACUAUCAAUUGUUGAGAUUACAUGGGGGAGCUUUAGAGAAAGAGUUUUUCUGGGUCCUGCUCUAGGCAUGGAUUAGACUCUUAAAAUGCUUGGUAGGUGAGUCUGAGGCAUCACCUACUUAGGGAACCAUUCUGUUAGAGUGAGCAGUGAUGAUACCACAUUUACUAAAGUAAGCGAUCUUUAGGUUUUGGUUUUCACCUACCUAGGAGAGACAGACUGAAUCUCAAGCCUGGUGCAAUUAGAAGUAUUAUUUGAGCAGGAGACAUAACUACUGGAGAACAGCAGGUAACAGAAGGAUCAGAACCAUAAAUGCACGUCUUGACAAAAGAACAUAUAUUUGAUAAGAAAUAUCUAGACUUUGUUAUCAGGAAAAAGUCAGUUGGGGCUUAUCACAGCAAUCCUUUGCAUUCGUAUGGUAAUUUGUAGUCUACAGAUACUCUGGUGUAUCAGGUAACAGAUACAGAGCAGGUGCUGUCAGCCUGGUGUUGAGACUCAAGGUGCCGAGGAUUGGAGCCGGGCCCAAGCUGUCUGCUGGUCAUCCCCGGCACCGGAUCUGGGGGACCAGGAAUUGAGGAGACAGUUUAGUCAAACCUCGUCUUCUUUUACGGUGACAGGGAAAUACAUUGAAAAUGAAUUUUAAAGUAAGAUUUUAAAUGCUUAAAGAGCAGCUUUACUACUGAAAUGGGGGAACUUUAUCUGGAAAAUACAUUGAGUUGAAACACCUCAUUCUCAAAAGGAUUAGUAAACUGAAUAAUUCUAUAUAAAUUUGCCACGGGGGCGGGGGGUGGAGGAGGAGGGAUGUUGAAGGGCAUUUCGUCUGGAACCCGGAUUGGAGAGGAUGGUCCAGGGGUGUGUUUUGCCCGGGCCUUCUUCGCCAAUCUGGGCAUAUGUUGGAAAAAAAGAUCUUUUGCCUUUAUUAUGGAUUUUGUGGUAAACAAUAGAAUAUGCUAAUAGAUGAUUUUAUUAGCUCAACGUGUUACAAGUGUUUAGCUUUAAAUUAUACUUUCUGCUCCGGGGGCUGGUGGUGGUGUGGCAGGGCCUGCUCCCGGCCGGUCCGGCUGCGACCCCACCACACCCGGCACUGGGGGCUCUCUCCGGCCCUUGGACCUGGGCCCCGCCCCGGCCUUGGGAGGCGCCUCCCUGGGGCUCCCUCGCCGGCUCGCUGCUCCCCUCCAGGCUGCACGGAACCCUCCGCCAGAGUCUUGGGGGGAGCGAAGGAGUAGUCCGGAGCCCCACCUACCAACCCACCAUCGCCCCCAGGGCCCCAGAGGAAAAAAUGACGCUUGUAAUGAUAAAAUAUUUUAGAAUCUUUGAAUCAAAGUAUCCACUUUCUUCCCUAAACAAGACAUUUGUAUAACUGACAUAAACUUAAUGUUUUUACCUAUGCAAGACUCUUGCCCCCAAUUUAAACCCAAAUUUAAAGUUUUCCCUCUUUAAGAGGUAAGAAAUCGUGUUUGAAAGGAAAAAUGAAAUCUUUUCCUUUAAUUUCUUUUUAAAGUAUAGUGGUUCUUUAUUUUGUUAUUGUGGUAAUGGACAAACAAUUACAUAACAAAAAUAUUGGGGCGGGGCAGAUUUUUUCUAGUUGGUUUUAAAUCAAAACCUGAAAUGUCUUUAGAUUUUUUUUUACAAUCUUUUGCCCACCGGCAUUUAAUUCGUGAUACUAUGUAGAUAUAAAAAUAUGCUGAAGGAUAAGAAUUGAUACUAAGUGGUUUUUAUAACUUGGGCAUUUAAUGAAUGUGCCAACAUUUUUAAGGAAGAAUCACAAAAAUAUUCUGCGCUAUACUUAAAAUACUGGCUAGCGUUAGAUAUCUUCUACUCAAUAACAAUCACUUUUCUUGCACUGUGAAGAUGUUGAAGUGGAAUUUACCAUGUUAUUUUAUUAAAUGUGUGAAUGGCAAUAAACUGAAAACAUGGAUCAACUCUUAUUUUGA